CAAAGCCAGGUCCAUCUCCACCCGUUUCCCCCAAAACCAGCGGCGCCACCACCACCCCACCUCACCUCCACGACCCAUGGCAUCGGCGGCGGCGGCGGCGAGAUCCGGCCUCCGGUCGCUGGCGGCGCGCGCCAAGGCGACGGCCGCCCCCGCGGCGAGGCGCCGCAUGUCGUCCUCCGCCCACGACGACGCCCAUGAGACGGCCAAGUGGGAGAAGAUCACCUACGCCGGGAUCGUGACCUGCACCCUGCUGGCGGCGUACAACCUCUCCAAGGGCCACCCCCACUUCGACGAGCCGCCGGCGUACCCCUAUCUGCACAUCCGCAACAAGGAGUUCCCGUGGGGACCUGAUGGUCUAUUUGAGAACAAGCACCAUUAAGUACUGAGUAGCGCCCCUCCAGAAGACCAGUGCAUGCUUAAGAAAAAAAAAUCUCUGGAUGUUCCAGUGUUCUCGUUUUCAUUGAGACCUAUUUUUCCUGCAUCAACAAAUAAACAAGACAAAACACUUGUGUUGAUAAUCAGGAUUUAACUGUGUCUUUAGUUGUCACCUGUCAUUUACUUCCUUCACAGCAGUGAUUGCAUUGCCCAGUUUCACAAACACUGUCAUCAUUACUGCAAGCUUUGUUACCAUGGCUUUUGCGCUAUUUUUUAUGCCCGUGUGCCUUAAUGAAUUAAACCUAUUCUGAAA